AUGAGUUUAAUUUUAAAGAAUAACAUUGUUUUUCCAAUUUUUAAACAUCAAGAAACUCUUACUUACCAAAAUAGAUAAAAGUCAACUCAUGUCGCUUAAAGAGUUGAUACCUCUUCUCCAUUUAAUCGUUUAGCAUCUCCAUAAAACAGGACCAUAAAUUUAAGCCCUUAAAGAGCAUAGAGUAUAAAAAUUAGUCCUAGAAAUAAAUAAAAUAGUUUUAUCACUCCAAAACCUAUUAGAUAUGAAGAAAAUCAUAGUCUGUAAUGUUAUUUAAACCAUUUGAACUCCAUGAGUGCUUUGAAAUCGCCAAGAAAAGUGAUUCCAUAAUCGACAGAAAACAGAAUGAUUUUACAAAGAGUUAAAUCAAUAAAGGAGUCAUCCAAUAAACGGAAGAAGGUUAGUUUGUUGGAAACAGUCCAUAAUCCAAAUGCUUAUUAAUAUAAAAAGUUUACUGAGCAGCUCUACAAUUUAAUCCACAACCUCCAUUAAUUAAAAGAUUAUUUGAAUAAUUAAAGAAAGCUUUUUUAAGUUGUUAAAAAUUUGAUUGGCAUCAAAAAAAAUCUUUAUAGAAUAUUAAUUAAGCCAUAAACAGAGGAAUUGCAUGAUUUCUCAGAGAUAUCUCGAUUGUGUUGCAUCAAAGAUGUGCAAUUCAUAAAUGGGGAAUAGAGAGUCAUAGAAAAAUUCGAUUUAUCAUUAAUGGAAGACCUAAUCUACAUGACUGAUUCGAUUAAACAAUUAUUACUAUAAAAUCAAUUGAAAGCCAUCAAUAGGAUGAGUGACAAUAUUAGAGUUGAAUAAAGUGAAAUUAGUAAAUUGAAAGGAUAACUUGGAAUUCGUGAACAAAAUCACUCCUUAUCGAUUGAAUCAUUGGCAAUGAAGAAAUUCUAACCACAUCUAGAACUAAAAUGCAUUGAAUAAAAGCUAGGUUAAAUGAAUUACAUUCCUAAACAAGUAAGAGAGACCUCUGAAUUGCUUUGUGAUAUCGUCGACAAAUUGAAUGGAUGA